AUGAGCUAUCAAGAGUGGCGUGACGUUCUAAUUGCACUUGUCGUGCUCGACGAUGCCAUUACAAACGCGGUGCAGAGACCAUAUUAUCGGAGCGAGUACGUGCGCAGAGAACACGCACCAUUCCUCGAAACUCGAUUUCGUCUUUAUGAUGAAUACCUUGCCGCGCAGAGGCCUGCCGCAUUUAUGCAAUUCGCAAGGGUAUUCCCAAACGAAUUCGAAGAUCUGUAUCAAUGCAUAGCAGCGAAGCUCAUGCAUUCGCGAACGCAUGCCGGGCCCAUCAAAGGCCGUCAAAGGCUAAUGAUUUUCUUUUUUGAGCCUUUGCACUGGACGCCUGCUGUGAUGGAGACAAUCUCAGUAAUCGUGGCCGAAGUUACAGAGGCGAUCACAAGCGAACUAUAUGACAUUGCAUUCCCUACCGUGACCAGAGAAAAACUUGAAGAAGUAGCGCGCGUCACGCAGGCCCGUUUGGAUUACCCAAGGGCCUGCGGUUUCAUGGACGGAAAACACGUUAGAUAUGAGGAGUUUGUAGACGCCAAUGAUCGCGUGUUUCCGCCCACGAAGGAUCUUGGACAAGUGGAACCGGUCCAGUACCAUAUCCUCGUUGACGGAGGAUUCGGACAAGAUCUGCGAUUUGUGCGUCCUUACAGAGAUGCCGAGGCCAAUACCUCGGAAAAAAGGCGGUUCAAUGAAAAGCAUAGCAGCGCACGACGAAUGAUCGAGUCCACAUUCGGUAUAUUAGCCCGAAGAUUUCAAAUUUUAAUGCAUCCAAUGCAAGUGAAUCCGUCCAGAGCAGGACGCAUAAUCAAGGUGCUGCUGGCAUUACACAACCUCUUGCCAAGAAGAUAA